AGUUGUCAAUAAAUAAUUUUGAAACUUGAAAGCCGCUUUUUAAUAAUUAUUUUAAUUUUGGUCACUAAUUUCGUUAUGUUAAAUAACAGGGAAGUGAAUUAACAAACUUUACUCGAUUACUGUAGGAAAUACAUUCGGAAAGGGUUAAAUAAUAGCUAAGUUGUUUAAAUAAACAUUUUAACAACUUAGCGAUUAGCUUAGCGACUUUCUCUGUUUUUUCCUGAGACCCUAUUUUUCCAAUAUUGUUAUUCAUAAGCGAAAUUGUAUUACUGUGCCUUCGAUAAAGUGAAGAUGGAUGAUCCAGCUAGUAGUGUUGCAUCGUUGCUUCUCAAACUGUGUAAAGGAUUGUCAUCGAAUCCAGAUGGUGCAUAUGAGCUGGCUCUAUCUUAUUUAUCUGAAAAUGAGAAAGUUCGAUCAGUGAUAGAUGAAGGGAGGUCAGUUAAAGUAAAAGAGAGACAGUUAUGUCAAAAAAUUCAUGCGCGAUUGUCUAAUGUGUCAGCGAGAGAUGCUGAUAAAUUCAAUGAGUCUUAUGCAAAGUUGAAGGAUUCUUUUGUAUUAAAGCAGCGAGAAGCAGUGUUGUCACUUUUAUUGGCUCUCUCGGAAUCACCACAAAAUUCGGAGAGUACCCAGCAGCUGUUUCCAAUGCCUGAUCUUGCAAUACCAAGUGCUACAGUAGGACUAUCCACUGCUGCAUCAAGUUCCAGUAAGAGUACAAUAGGUUCUGUCAGCUGGAAUAGCCAUGCUCCCAAACAAAUGGGGUCCAACCAAAGUCUGCCUUCCACUAAUAGCAAUAUGGGCAUUGCUUUGCCCUCCAAUGAUAGAUCAACUGAUCGUUCGUGCGUACGGGCGGCCGUGUUAGCUGCAACUGGUGUUAAGUCCCGCUGCACGAAUGUCUGGCCGCGCCCUGUCCAAAUGAUGUACUCACGGAUCGCACAUCUUGGCUUCCUCCAUGAUCGCCUCAAAGAGUUCAUUGAUCCUUCAUCAGGACUUAUGCCUCAAGGUUUGAUGGGUGAAGGAUUAGUGGCGUCAAUACGAGAUGAACUUACAGAGUAUUAUCGAAGCAUCGCAAUAUUGCAGUCACAGGUGUAUGAGGGAGACGGUGGCGGCGGAACAUUACGACGAGUCUGUGUGUGGGCACAAGAACCACUACACAGACUGACGUGGUUGGCUAACAUUGCACACACAGCACACCACAAAAAAGGUGGUGAGUUAGCCUCGUGUAUUCAUCGCUUCGUGCGCCACGGUGACGAACGCGUCGCAAUGCUUGCGCGUCGGUUGCUCACUGCGCUCACGUAUCCACUGCUACUCAUGCUCACGCGGUGGCUUUUACACGGAGAGAUUGAUGACCCAUUCAAUGAGUUUUUCAUUGAAAGCAGAAGUGGCGUACCUAUCGACAGAAUGUGGCAUGAUAAAUAUAGAGUAAGAGAGUGGAUGGUACCGUCGUUCAUGUUGCGCGAGCAAGCGGCGCAGAUCCUAGCGACGGGCAAGAGCGUUGUGUUCAUGCGGGAGGCGUGCGCAGACGAGCCCACACCGGCUGACCACCACCACCACUUGCAUGACCUGCUGCAGGCACACGACGCCUCCGUGUCAAGCUUGGGCCGGCCGGCGGACAAGUUGGACAGCGCGGCGACGGCUUGGUGGGAAGCCAGCGGACUGCGCUCGGGUGUUGGUGCGGCGCACGCAGCGGCGUCGGCGCGCCUGUUAGCCGCGCUGUCCACGCACCACCACCUGCUAGACCACCUCGCCGCACACCGCCGCUACCUACUGCUGGCGCAAGGAGACUUCGUGCACCACCUCAUGACACUGCUGCAGGAGGAACUAAGCAAGCCGGCGACAUCUUUGUACGUACACAAUCUGACGUGCACGUUGGAGACAGCCGUUCGUGCGACCAACGCGCAGUUUGAGCCGCCGCAUGUUCUCGCACGUUUACACGUCAACCUGUAUCCGAACUGCGACGGUCGCGAGGACAGCGGGUGGGACGUGUUCGCAUUGCAGUACCGCGUCGACGGGCCCCUAGGCACUUUGUUCCCGGCCACGUGCGCCGCUCGCUACCGGGCGCUUUUCACGCAGCUGUGGCGAGUUAAACGCAUCGAGCACGCGCUGCACCACGCGUGGCGCGACCACACCAUCCUGCAGAAAAGACUUAGGACAAUGCCGGAGGUGUGGGGUCUGAUGCGCCGUGUGUCGUGCCUGCGUGCGGAGGCACUGCGGCUGUGCGGCGCGUUGCAGGAGGCCAGCUUCGAGGGGGCGGAAGCGGCUUGGGCCGAGCUGCUAGCGGCGGCCGCCUCGCGGCAGCACCUCGACCGCCUGCUGGCACUGCACCACCGCGCACUCGACCGGCACUCCAUCCACGCCAUGAUACACCACACCACACAGGAACUGCAGUCAUAUCUUGGCAACGUGCUCAACGAGACUUUAGCACUAAGGAGUUUUGAGACGACACUGCACGCUGGUAUCAACCGCGAGCUCGAACGACGCGAUCAACUAGAGCAGUUGAAAGCUGAACGAGUAACACGAGGAGAGUUCCCGGUCGGUAGCGCAGAUGAAGCUCGAGAUAAAGAAAAGAGGAAGAUAUUCCAGCAAUUCUUAGCAAACAGAAAGGCUGAUUUAAAUGUUUGGGCACGAACCUACAGAGGCCACGUGACUACAUUAAUUCUAAAGCUUGCUUUACACGCUGAGGUGUCGCUGCAAACACUCGCCUUCCGACUUGACUACAGUGAUUUCUACAAACGUGGUGAUGCUAAGCUCCACGAACCACUGACAUACCAACACAAACGACUUAGCGAGAUUGGACUUCAUUUGGCAAAGAGCAAACUGAUAGACCAUUCAAGGAAAAAGUGACAUUUGGUGAAUCCAGUUGUCGCUAAAAAUAUCUUCACAGUGCAUCAGUACCGAAUACAUGUGCUUUGAUUGUGCAGUUUUGGAAUUUUGAUGUAGUUAAUAAUAACUUAGCCGUAAGAAUUCAGCCACAUCUAAAUAUUUAUUUUUACUAAGAACGCACCUAGAAGAAGUAAAUCGCUCUCUAUAUUUUUAACAGUGCCAUUUUAUAUUAAUGUUGAUAAAUGUUUAAUACUUUAUCUCUGGAAUUCGUUUGUUUAAUCUUAAAAAAACUUAAGAUUAAUAAAUAUUUAUUAAUUAACAGA